AUGGGAUUGGAAAUUAAUCCAUUGCACCGUAAUGCAUUUGAUGAUAAUCUAGAUUCGGAUUCUGAUUAUGGCCCAACUCGUAACCGCCGAAGAGGGCCAAGGGACAAGCUUAACCCUUAUCAGCGCAAAAUGCAGAAGAAACGUGUUGAAGAAUGUCGAGGUGUUGAAGGUGAAGAUGAAUGUGGUGGAGGAAGUGCAGGGGUACGUAUAGGUGGAGGAAGUGGUACCAGUGAAAGUGAAAGUGGUGGAGGAAGUGUAGGGGUAGGUAUAGGUGGAGGAAGUGCAGGGGAUGGAACUGGGGUAGGUAUAGGUGGAGGAAGUGCAGGGGAUGGAAGGCUAGGAAGGGAAGGCAGUGGUGUAGGUCUGGGUGGAGGAAGGGAAGGCAGUGGUGUAGAUCUGGGUGGAGGAAGGGAAGGGGUAGGGGUAGGUAGUGGUGGAGGUGGAAGUGCAACAAGUUCGUCUUUAAGUAGGGUGAUAAAGAGGGUGAGUGAACGGGUAUUAGGCAGAGGAGAAAAAAUGUUGACUGAUGGUGAUUGUGAUUAG